AUGGUGACGUCGCUGGAGAACGAGGCGGCGACGCGAGAGGCGGCGUUGGCGGAUAAAGUGCGCGCGCAACGGGACGCGAUGUCAACGGCGCAGUCGCGCGCGAUCGAGGCUUCUUCGGGGGCGGUGAAGGAGAUUCUCGAUGAACGUGGGGUGGUGAGGAUGAACGGGGUGAUGAGCGCGAGGGCGAGCGAGGCGAUCUUGGCGUACGUGGAAGAGACUCUGCGGGUGAACGACGCGCGAGGAGACGGGAAGAAUUUAUCGAUGGAGGUGUUCGGUAACGUGUACUGUAAGAAGAAUAGGUGGGACAUAAAGCUUUUGGACGAUAAACCGGUUCGCAUGGCGCUGGAGGAGUGCGUGAGGUCGAUGGGAGAUGCGCUUCGCGCGGCGUGCGGAGAGGACGCGAAGCUCGUAGAGCUCGCGGCGUUGGUAUCAGAUCCUGGGUCAACACGGCAGCCCGUGCACCCGGAUACGGCGUACAGGCGCGAUCCGUCGGUGUAUACGUGCUUUGUUGCCCUUCAGGACGUGGACGCGGACAUGGGUCCGACGUUGUUCAUUCCGGGCACGAACAACGCACAGGCUCAUGCUGAAUUUCGAGAAGGUCUCGAGCGCGGAGGUCCCGUGCUCCAGCGACCGAACGAGCUCGGUCUGAUCUCUCGUGGUGACGCCACCUUGUUCGAUAGCCGAACACUACACUGCGGGACGGAGAAUGCGAGCUCGCGACGUCGUGUUUUGUUUUAUUUUUCCUUCCAACGAACCGAGAGCGACAACCCGAACGCCGCCGUGAGUACGAUUCGGACCGAGCUUCGCGACAAGUAUACGCUCGGUGAUUUACUAGGGGCGUGA